CACAGGACGUGACGCAAUGACGUGUUGUUUUCCUUGCGUGUGUGCAGAAGUGACGCAAUCACGUUUGUGUCGGAGGCGAAACGGCGUCAGAUUCAAACGGGCUCCAUAUUUAAGGAGCAGGACGCUAAGAUAAUGUCUGAGAGUCGGCAGACACAGCGAGGUCGUGACAGGGUGAGACGCAGAGAGAGUGGACAGAGUAAAGUGCUUCUGCGUGCGUCUCAGCCCCAAACCCUGAACCAGUCCACUCAGGGGGAUCUGCAGGAGAUCAGCAGGCUGAGAGAGGAGAUUGGACAGCUGCAGACAGAGAGGCGGGGCUCUGACAAUGAGGAGGCGUUGAGAUGGAAGAUCAACCAGCUGGAGCAGGACAAGCUCAAGAUCAACUCCAAGUACAACCAGGAGUUGUCGGGUUAUGAGGCUCAGCUCACACGCUGCCGUGCUCUGCUGGAGAAAGGAGAGGCUCAGAGACAGACACUAGAGUACGAACUUGCUGUGGUAAAAAGAGACGCAGCUGCUCAGAAGAGUCGCGCUGAGGAGAGGAUGGCUGACCUGAUUACACACAACCAGCAGCUGGAGGGCCUCAGUGCAGAGCUGCAUCAGAGAGCCUCUGAUCUACAGAAAGUUUUGGAGAUCACUCAGCAAGCUCGGUUUGAUGAUGAGCAGAGACUCCAGGUGGAGCUGCGUGAGAGGGACCACCUGAUACACAGCAUUAACACAGAGAAAGAGCUGUUACUGGAGGAGAAUCUACGCCGGGACACACUACUGCAGGAGCAGAAAGACACACUUCUAGAGCUGAAGGGCAGGAUAGACAGUAUGGAGAAAGACAAAGAGCGAGAUGCAGAGGAUCUCAGAAUGAGGAGAGCUGAGCUGAGGGACAGCAUGGUGCGUGAGAAGUUGUUGAAGAAGGAGCUGGAGACAGCCACACAGAGAGUAAAGCAUCUGGAGGAGAGUGUGGAGACAGAGAGAGCUGCUCACCUGGAGAUGCAGCUGCAUCUCAGAGAUGUGGAAGCAGCUGUGACAGUAGAGAAGAGGAAUCAUGACGAGGCCGUGUCCAGUCUGGAGCUGCUCAAACACAAAUUAGGAGAAGUAGAAAGAGCACAUACUCGAGAGAGAGAGCGUGCUGACAACACACAACACACACUGACACUAGUGGAGCAGGAGUACCAGACCACUAAAGCUGAUCUGAUUGACCAGCUGGAGAAAACCAAGGCCACCUGGGCUGAUCUGAUUGGUCAGUUGGAACACGAGAAGGAGGAGUCAGCUAAGCUGAUUGGUCAGUUGGAACACGAGAAGGAGGAGUCAGCUAAGCUGAUUGGUCAGUUGGAACACGAGAAGGAGGAGUCAGCUAAGCUGAUUGGUCAGUUGGAACACGAGAAGGAGGAGUCAGCUAAGCUGAUUGGUCAGUUGGAACACGAGAAGGAGGAGUCAGCUAAGCUGUCAAUCAGACUGCAGGAACAGAACGGAGUAGAGACAGAGAGAGAGCAAGAACUCAACCUGCUUAAGAAGAAGCUAGCAUUUGUGGAAGAUGCAUAUGAAGAUCUUCUUAAAGAAAUGGAGCAGCUGUUACACCACCACCAGGGGGCACCACCCAUCAACACCACCGGAGAUAAACAGAACCCGUCUGCUGUGAUGGAUAUCUUGAAGAGUGUGUUACACCACUAUCACACAGAGCUGAGGGACUUGGUGAAGGUGGUCAACACCCUGAAAAAAGAGAAUAAAGAGAAAGAUGAGAUCAUUGCCGACCAGAGGAGAUGCAUACAGGAAUUUGAGGCACGGUGCAUAUGUCUGAGGGAGGAGGCAGAGCGUCUGCACGUGUGUGUUGAAGAUACUGCAGAUGCAGCAAAGCAAGCACAGACACAACUCCAGACUGUCACACACUGCUGGGACGAGGAGAAAGAGCGGCACACACACACCAAAACACACAUGAACACACUUAUAGAGGAGCACAAGAGGGAGCAGCAGGAGAAGUUGGCCUUCCUACACUCUCUGUAUCAGCGGCUCCUCACUGGCUCCGUGUUUGUAGCCCCUCCCCACAGCACCAUGGGCAGUUUUUCAUGGUCAGAGCUUUGCAUCAUGCUACAGGAGCAAGCAGACGCACUGACCUCUGACCUCAACUCGGCCAAUCAGAGGAUUGCGUGUUUGGACUGUGUGUGUGAGGGGAGGGAGGCGGCGCUGAAGAGUGUGUGUGAGCAGCUGAAGCAGAGAGAGAAGAGAUGGAUUAAAAGGAGAGAGGAGAUGGACACCGUCCACACACACCUGAUCAACCAACUACAGACCAGAGCUCAGGAUCUGAGGUGUCGUUUGGAUCACACUGAAGAGAGUCUUCGCAUUUCUGAGCGUGCUCAGUGUGCCCUCCAACAGGAAGUGAUUCGCCUUCAGGAGCUGGUGUGUGUGUGUCGCCGUGAUGAGACGUCUUUUCUGGCAGCGUGUGCUAUGCUGGCAGGGUGUGUGUGUGCGCUGCAUGGCCGUGUAUGUGCACUGGUACAUCAGAAAAUCCUGCUGAAACGAAGAGUGUGUGACGCAGAAUCUCUCCAACAGGAAAUUAGGGCUCUACUGUAUGCGCUCAGUGACACAGGGGUCAAAGGUCAGAUUGGGGUCACAGGGAGUGUGUGGAGGUUUAGAGUGUAUGUGAUCGUCGUGAUGGCCGCCCUCCGUUUCCGCACUUUGUGCAAGAACACACACUUCUUGUUCAGAGUGGGUGCAGGUGUGUGUGUGAGCAAGCUGAGGCUGAGCAACACACACAGUGAGGAAGAGGAUAACGAAGUAACGAAGAUGCUCACAUCCUCAGAGCUGUGUGUGAUCUUACACACCUGCAUGCAGGAGGUGCAGACAGAGCUGCAGACAUCUGAGAGCAGUACGUCUGUCUUAGCAGCUGCACGGAACAGUUUCUCUAAGCUGAUUGGAAAACUGCUGCCUGAGUCGGGUUGCUAUAGUGAUGUGGGGUCUUUGGCACAGCAGCUGGGUCAUGGAUUAAACAGCCACCGUAAAAUACACCACCUCCCACUGAGACACAACCACAACAAGGUCAUGUUCUCUGCUCUGCAGCAACACUUCCUGGUGUUUACUCAGCGUUUACAUUCCUCUGAGGUGGAAAGGAGAGACCUGAGGAUUGAACUGUCACGACUCAAACACAGGAACACACACUCGCACGACGAGACAAAGGGCGACACACACACAGUGUGUGUCCCGGGGCAACAGUUCCGCAGUGUGUGUGAGGAGCUGAGCUCGGCUCUGUGCAGGGAACAGCAAGCGCAGACUCUCCUGCAUGAACAGGCCACACAGCUGCAAGAGCUUGGUAUUACCAUGGAAACACACACCUCAGAACAACUGGAAAAAGACCACACACUCGCUCAGGCUGUACAGAGUCUGUCUGAUGCAAAGUCGGAGCUUAAGAGGAAAGAACAAUCUCUGCGGUUGCUAGAGAAACGGCUGAGCCAAUCACAAAACGAGAAACAGGAGCUACAGCAGAGCAUCAGAAGAGCGGAAAACACUCUGCGCAUGGCAGCUAGGAGUAAAGAGUGUUCAUUGAACUACAUGAUGUCAGUGGAGUGUAGACUGCGAGAGCUGAAGGAUCGCCUCCUCCUUUCUCACUCCACUUCCUUACCAGACAGCUUCACCCUGCAGUUACCCACAACGGAGCUGGACAGUGGAGCAGCAGAAAUGAAGGCAUGUCAGUCUCUGGUGCACAGUUUUACAGAAGUGUAUGAGUUCGUGUGCAGUAAGAUGGUGUCUCUGGAGAGAGAGAUCUCCUCGUAUCAGGCACAUGUGACUGCUCUGAAAGCCGAGUUACACGACGCCUGUGUACGAGAGAACCAGUGCUGUCUUAUGGCGUGUGCCGACACACCGGUUCCUUCUUCUGAAGCCGAGGGGAACUGGGGGACACUGGCUCCCUCAGACAUGGAUGUUGCAGUGAAAGAUGUCCCCAGAAACACGCACACACUCCUAAACAAGUCCAGAGUUCCACUGAAGAAGGGCAGAAGUGUGAAAAAAGCCUCCAAAAUCUCCACAAGUGUCAAAAGUGCCUCAAAAGCAUCAACAUAAAAAACCUUAAACAUUGGAAUGAAUUUUGUACUUUAGUUUUUUAGAAAAUAAGAUUUUCAUAGUCAUGUUACUGCUACACUUAGUGAGGUGAAGACGCUCAAACACACAGGAUGUUCAGGAUGUUCAGGAAGAAAGAUCAAUAAACAUGAAAUACUGCAUUUUAAA